UACGUGAACGAUUUUGAUUCGAGCUCCCGGAGAACGAUAUUUAGAAUUCGUUCCUGGCGUUUGUUCUCUAAUUGUAGCUAGCGUAAUUAGUGUUAACUAGAAUAAUCCAGGGACUGACGCAAGUUUAGCUGCAUUUGUAAACGAUGGCCUCGAAAGUAACAUUCAAAAUUACGCUGACUUCGGAUCCGAAGCUCCCCUUCAAAGUGCUCAGCGUGCCGGAAACGACUCCGUUCACCGCCGUCCUCAAGUUCGCCGCCGAAGAGUUCCGGGUGCCGUCGGAAACGUCCGCCAUCAUCACGGACGACGGCAUCGGGAUCAACCCGCAGCAGACCGCCGGCAACGUGUUCCUGAAGCACGGCUCCGAGCUGCGACUGAUUCCCCGAGAUCGCGUGGGAUGCUAACUUAGGGAGACUUUCUUUAAUUCCAAUCUAUUUUCGCUGUUAACAGUUCUGUAUUUGAGUGAUGUUUUAUGUUCUAUUCUAUAAUAUAUUGCAAUUUGCUUUCGUGUAA